UGCUCUUCGAUUGGUCAGUUCAGUUCAGGCGCUAAUAUUUAACCAGACGAGCCGACAGCAGGCUCGGUAGUUUGUCUGGUGUCCAGUUUUUACUUAUAUUAUUUUCCCAACUUUUAUUUUGUUGUGUUUAUUUAAUACCGAAGAAGUCGCGAUGCUGUCCGAGCGCUACGCCCUGUCUAUGAAGCACGAGAAGACCGUCCGCGACGCGUCGUCUGACAAAGAGAACACUCCUCCGAGCUGCGGCCUGACCUUCAAACCGACCCAGAACGUCUUCACGGAGCCUGAGGAAGUAUUGAAGAGCGGCGCUGAGGAAGAGGAGCCGCUGCUGAAGGACAACCCCCGUCGCUUCGUCAUCUUCCCCAUCCAGUACCACGACAUCUGGCAGAUGUACAAGAAGGCAGAGGCUUCGUUCUGGACGGUCGAGGAGGUGGACCUGUCCAAGGACCUGCAGCACUGGGAGUCUCUGAAGGACGAAGACCGCUUCUUCAUCUCCCACGUGUUGGCCUUCUUCGCCGCCAGCGACGGCAUCGUCAUCGAGAACCUGGUGCAGCGCUUCACACAGGAAGUGCAGGUGCCGGAGGCCAGGUGUUUCUACGGUUUCCAGAUCGCCUUGGAGAACAUCCACUCUGAGAUGUACAGCCUGCUGAUCGACACCUACAUCAAGGAGCCCGCGGAGAGAGAAUUCCUGUUCAACGCCAUCGAGACUAUGCCAUGUGUGAAGAAGAAGGCCGACUGGUCCAUUAACUGGAUCAAGAACAAGGAUACUGCCUACGGGGAGCGUCUUGUGGCCUUCGCUGCUGUGGAGGGGAUCUUCUUCUCCGGCUCGUUCGCCUCCAUCUUCUGGCUGAAGAAGCGAGGCCUGAUGCCCGGUCUGACCUUCAGCAACGAGCUCAUCAGCAGAGACGAGGGUCUGCACUGCGACUUCGCCUGCUUGAUGUUCAAACACCUGCUGAACAAGCCGACCUCUGACACCGUCACGAAGAUCGUCAGGAACGCCGUGGAGAUCGAGCAGGAGUUCCUGACUGAGGCUCUGCCCGUGAAGCUCAUCGGGAUGAACUGCGAGCUGAUGAAGCUGUACAUCGAGUUCGUGGCCGACCGGCUGCUGCUGGAGCUGGGCUUCUCCAAGGUCUACGGGUCGGACAACCCCUUCGACUUCAUGGAGAACAUCUCUCUGGAGGGAAAGACCAACUUCUUCGAGAAGCGGGUCGGGGAGUACCAGAGGAUGGGGGUCAUGUCUGGUCCCACCAACAACGCCUUCAGGCUGGACGCAGACUUCUGAGACCAGACCAGAUCCACUUGAACCGACAACAAGCCUACCUCUGCCCCCGUGCAAGCAUAAGUUAUCCUGUAAAUGAAACUUAGAUUUUAAUAUAUUUAUAAACUGUUUUUGUGCAAUAAAUUGUUAAAGUUAAUAAAGAGCAACUCU